CGGUCCAGACUCGACCGCGUCGCGUCACGCUUGCUCCCAUCUCAUGCCUCAUCUGCGAUCCAUGGACGGGCUGGCGGCGAACAGCGAAUCCUCGUGAAUUGAAUUUAAUACGUUGUUUUGGAACCCUCUCUCAUUGCACCGACUCCCAUCUAGCAUUAUCCUCAGCACGCUAUGGCUCCCAAACCCCGCAAAAGACCGGCGGAUCCUCUCUGGACAGAUCACGCGACGUCAAAGGUGUCCAGAACCGAUUACUCGCGCCUAUCACCACCAGUGCCCUUACAUAGACGGUCUGUUUGCACCAGUUCCCCCAGGAUACCGACCCAAGCCUCUUCAACAACACCGAGGUUCGGCCAAAGAUCGGCUGCAGGGCAAAUAGCCCAACCACAUCUUUCCACUCCGCACAGAACAACCACCCAAGGAGCAUCCCCAAGGCUACAGCAUCAACCAGAUCUACAUGUCGGCCAGGGCCAGAGCCAAGCACAGCAUGGUUCACAUUCGGCUCAGCCAGUCGUGUACAAAGCCAGGAUUAUGCACGCGCCGCAUCCGGACAGCAGAGUUUGUCAGGACUUCCACUGGCUCCCUUACCCACUAGGCCUUAUGCCUUUUGAUUCGUGGCACAAGCUUCACACCCGUCCCAAUGUUUAUCCUCCCUUGCCUUUCCGUUGCCCGGUCUGUCGCGCGGAAAGAAAACCUACUCCCCAUAACCGCAAGCUAUUCCUAGUCGCCGAACGAUUGACCUGGGAAGAGGGGUUGGGAUCGGGGCCAAAGAAAGAUCAGAAUGAGGAAUUGAAUUGGGAAGUCAACUACGAGCUUGGGAUCCUGGAACCGUUUGUGGAGGAUCCCGAACAGGUGCCGGGCGGAAAGCACAGUCAACAAAACAAGUUUUAUCCUUACAAGAAUGAGUACGAGAUGGUGCAGGCACUGAAUCUCAUUUUCACGUCAGACAACAUUACGGAAGUAUCGUGGUCUUUGUGGAUCGGCCUACAGAUGGAUCUGCAGAAGAUGCUGGACGUACAGGAAAUUUCGGUAUCCGAUAAGGUCUCUCAGGAGAAACCCUCAGACGUGCGCCGGCCGCUCCAGCUGGACAAUGGAAAUCAUCCCCGCACAAGUACUCCCAAUAUCGACGAAAUCGACCUCACGGUGUCACCGAACCGCGUGUCCAAGCAUCCAACGAACGCGAUUGCCUUUGGCAUACCCACUCCGCCGUCAUCCUUUACAAGGCGAAUCAACAAUGAAAAUCUACCUCCCUCCCCUACCAACGCGGCUCCCUCAUCACAGCGAACUUCCGCGAACUUCCCCAGGGACAUACACGCUGGAUGGCCCUCAAAUCUGCCAUCCUCCCCCAACAAGGAAUGCAUUACCAGUUAUAAGACAUUGCAGGACUUUUACUCGCUUCUUGAUCGAAUCGAGCGGACCUCGUUCGUGGGAGCUCUGUUUCUUGAAAAAUAUGCCGAGCGCUUGAGGGACGACAUGUGCCGGAAAUGCUGGCUCAACCGUUACAUUGAUUUUAAUGCUCUUGAUUCGUAGCUGUAUUGGUUUUUCUGUUACGUCUUUAUCUAGCGAUACCCCCUUUCUUUGAGAUUUGAACGUAGAUCGCAAGCUGGUGCUGGAGUUUGCAGGUCGCCAUCUUCCUUGUACUUUGGAACGUAACUAUACUUUGUAUGAUUACCUCCGUCUCCUCAAUCUGCACCGCGGAGACUUUCUCGGGAAACAGACGUUUCCACAAGGGGAUACUCUCGGGGACGGGAAAGGAUAUCGGACUUGCGGCUUGCAGCACCCUGCAUGACGCCUCAACGAUGUGGCGGUGCACAUAAUUGUCUGGAACCAAGCUAGAAAUGACGUGGUCCAGUGCGCGCCCCAAUGGAGAAAGUGAC